GGAGUUUGUGGGCGUGGUCUAUGUUGCUCCUGGACCGCACCCAGGACGGACAUGGCACAGACCACUCUUUGGACGAGUCAGGUUGCACAAUUUGUUUGCAACAUCCGUGUUUGCUGAUGUAUUGCAUAACCUAGUGGGUCAGCAAUAUGUAUUCAUUGUAGGAGGAGGAUCAAUGCAACAAUUGCUUAUUAACAGAUCUCAGAAUAAAACCAGGCUCCCUGCAACUUGUUGGACAAGCACGCAUUGUUGAAAAUGAAAACAAUGUUGUCCUUCCUUUUGCUCAUUUCUAUUCCAAUAUUAAUAUCUUCUGAAUUCAUUUUAACCGAAUCAGAGCAGCCUCAGAAUGAUUAUGUCGAUACUCAGACAAAUAUUCUUCGUCCGAGAACAUUGAAGAAGAGAAGUAUCGACACUCAUGGCACAGAACCUCUGAGGGAGCUUGAAAUCUACGGCAUGAAGAUUGAUUCCAAAGUCACGUCUCGAUUUGCUCACAAUGUGAUAAUUAGCCGAGUGGUGAAUCGAGCCAAUGUUUCGAAGGAAGCCUUCUUUGAAAUCGAGCUGCCCAAAACGGCCUUCAUCAGUAACUUCAGCAUGUACGUAUCAGCUGCAUUAUUCCCUCUAAAUAAUUAUUUAGAUUUAGGUUUAUUAUUGUUACGUGUAUUGAGGUAUAGUGAAAAACAUUGUUUCACAUGCUAUCCAUUUAGAUCAGAUAAUUCUAUACAUCAAUUUCUUGGAGCGCAGGAAGAUGAGGGUUGAGCUUAUAGAGGUGUACAACAUUUUGAGAGGAAUAGAUCGGGCGGACGAGUCUGUUGCCCAGAGUUGGGGAAUUGAGAAUCAGGGGUUAAAGUGAGGGGGGAAAGAUUUAAUAGGAACCUGAGGGGGGAACUUUUUCACACAAAGGGUGGUGGGUGUAUGGAACAAGCUGCCAGAGGAGGUAGCUGAGGCAGGUACUAUCGCAAUGUUUAUGAGGUACUUGCAUAGGACAGGCAUAGAGGGAAAUUGGCGAAACGCAGGCGGGUGAUUGUAGAGUAGAUGGGACAUGUUGGUUGGUGUGGGCAAGUUGAGCUGAAGGGCCUGCUUCCAUACUGUGUCACUCUAUGACUCUAAUACAAUCAAAUCAGAUACAAGUACAAUAGAUAGACCAAAGGGGAUAAUGCAGAGUGCAGAAUAUAUUUCUUAGCAUUGUAGCGCACCAGUUAACAUAAAAGGGCUCCUCUGUGUAGCAAUGUUACAAAAUUUUGAGAUUUAAAAAAUCAAGUCUGCAAUUUAUCCCAUCAGACAAAGCAUAAAAAUAAGUUUAAUUUGACACCAAAUUCACUUUCAUAUCUUCAGUAUUAAAAAGGUUAUGGCCAUUUUCAUACUGAAAUUAGCAACUUGUUCCCAAUUGCUUUUCCAUAACACCAAAGCUGUGAUCGAGGACAGUCAAAAGCCCAUAACUUUCUUAAAAAUUAAGAGAACUGAAUGAAAUUUUCAGCUAUUAUAGAUUGAAGCAUUCUGAAACAAAUAUGAAACAAUCUUACUUGGAUGACCUGAAAUUAAAGCCUAUAAUUAGUUAGAAACAUAGAAACAUAGAAAAUAGGUGCAGGAGUAGGCCAUUCGGCCCUUCGAGCCUGCACCGCCAUUCAAUAUGAUCAUAGCUGAUCAUCCAACUCAGUGUCCUGUACUUGCCUUCUCUCCAUACCCCCUGAUACCUUUAGCCACAUCUAACUCCCUCUUAAAUAUAGCCAAUUAACUGGCUUCAACUACCUUCUUAUUUAU